AUGCCACGAAACCCUAGCGUAGCUCCACCCGGGAAACCGGGCGUUAACUUCCCGUCCUGUCAGGCCAGCGUUCGUCAAACCAUGGCUUUCGUUAGCCGGUUCCCCCUCCUCGACAGCGCCUCGGUUCACGAUUUGCGGGCAACCUGCUCGCUUCCUCUCACGAUUUUAUCCCCGUUUUCGCCGCUGCGCGAUCCCGCCCGCCCCUCCCAUUUUGAUCCUCCCACUCGUCUUCACUCACUUGCCAUCCCCCUCGCCCCCCCUGGCUGGUUCAUGCUUUUGCCCUCCUUUCUCAUGCCCGCCUAUCCCCCCCUCAUCCCCUCCCGCCUGUUGUGA